AUGCAGUUACCGCGACUGUGCGCCCUUGUCUGCUCGGCACUGGUGCUGGUGUUGGCGGUGUCGGCUCCCGACGCCGUCGCCGCCGGGAGAGAAGAGCAGCAGCAUCUGCGGGACGAGGCGUUUCGGCGGGCAAGACGCCGCCAUGUUGGGCGAGGGCCGAGAUCUACGCAGAACAAGUUCAUCAUCGAGGUGCAGCCGGGCUUUCGCACUUCCAACCUGAUUCGGCAACCUGAGACCGCGGGGGCCCCCCGAGUCUCAAGCGCCUACCAGGUAUUCAACUGCAGCGGCCUCUUCAGGGGCUUCGUCGUCGAGGCGCAGGCCGAGAGCGUCGAGGAACUGCGCGGAAUCGACGGCGUCAUCAACGCCUGGCCGGUCCGGACGGUGCGGCUGCCGCCGACGGUGCGGCACCCGACGGUCAAGAGCGCUCCCCGCGGAGCCGAGGCUGCAAAUGCCUCGGUCCAUCGGUGGACCGGCGUGGACAAGCUUCACGCCGCGGGCAUGACCGGCAAGGGGGUCAAGGUUGCCAUUGUCGACUCGGGCGUCGACUACACGCACAAGGCGCUCGGGGGGUGCUUCGGACCUGGAUGCAGGGUCAUGGGAGGCUACGACUUUGUGGGCGGUAAAUGGGAACACCAACCGGAACCUGACGGCAAUCCCGUGGAUUACGACGGGCACGGCACGCACGUGGCGGGUAUCGUUGGCGGAAACGCCGAUGGGUUCUUGGGUGUGGCGCCGGAAGCCCAGCUCUUGGCCUACAAGGUCUUCGACGACGCCGGUAAUGGGACUACCGAAGAUGUCAUCAUCCAGUCGUUCUGCGACGCUUAUAGUGCCGGGGCCGACAUCAUCACCUCGAGUAUUGGCAUGGGAAGCGGCUUCAGCGAUGGUCCCUGGUCCCUGGUGGCCUCUCGCAUCGUAGGCAGAGGAGUUGUCGUGACAAUCUCGGCGGGCAACGACGGCAACAACGGCCCCUUUUCCUCGGGAAAUGGCUGUAACGGCCGCGGGGUCCUGUCCGUGGCAGCCAUCAACAUCACCGAGGAUGCCAAGAGCAAGCGAGUUCGGUUCACUCCGGCCCGUUUUACCUCGUGGGGGCCGACAAACGAGCUGUGGCUGAAGCCGGACAUCGGGGCCCCCGGGGUCAAAAUCAUGAGCACGGCCUUGAAACAGGGCUUCAAAGCCCUGGAUGGCACGUCCAUGGCUGCGCCGUAUAUCGCGGGCGUGGCCGCGCUCUUCAUCGGCCAGCGCGGCGGGCGCGAGAUUCACGGUUCCGAGUUUGCGCGCCGCUUGGCAAAACGCAUCAUUGGCAGCGGGCAGAGCGUCAGCUGGUCUGCAAACACGGCUCUGGACAACCAGACGUCCUUGGAGAACGCAACGGCCCCCCCUGUCCAGGUAGGAACCGGCCUGGUGGACGCGGGAAAGGUCCUUGGCUACACCACAGAGCUCAUGUUCGAGCCCAUUGCCCUGCGAGACACGAGGCGUUUCCAGCCCAAGUGGGAAGUAGGUAUCGUCAACAAGGGCAAGGACAAGGUCAAGUACCGCUUCGAGGUGGAGUCACAAUCCGCCGUCGAGAUCUACAAUGGCCAUGAUGGCAUCAGAAAAUUGCCCAAACUCAGGCCCUCGUGCUUGGACCCAGUCAUUUCCCUCCCGAAGCCUGAGGUCGUGAGGGCCGGGCAGAUGAAGUCUAUCGUUUUAAAUUUUUCGCUUCCAUUGAAAGCCAACGACUCCAUGCUUCCAGUAUACGGCGGCAAGAUCUGGAUCAAGGGCGACAACGGGGAGGAGCUCUGCAUCCCAUACGCAGGGGCUGCAUACGACACGGGAAAGGCGUUCGCCACCAUGUUUCGAGACGUCAACCGCACCGCCAACGACAACGGCACUUGGACGCGUGACGGUAGUUGGACCAUGGACACGCAGAAGUACAUGGAAUUGAAGGCAGUCCUCGCGUAUCCAUGCACCAAUCUGCGGUGGGAUAUCUUCGCGAGCAACUGGACAGAGCGAGACUGGGUGUACCCGCCACAGGCGAACAAAGGCGGCUACGUCGGUUCCGUCGCCGCGGUUCCAGUCUUGAAGGAGUCGGCGGGAGACGACAACAACAACAAGAGCAAAGCGACGGGCUUCCCCUUCAACAGGGUACCCCGCGGCAAGAUGUCGUACCGCUGGUUUGGCGAGCUGACCAACCGAACGCAGAUUGCACCGGGGAAUUACACGAUGCGAUUUGCGGCGUUGAGACCGUAUGGGGACCCCCACUCUGCAGACCACUGGGACGUCCUGCCCAUGGGUGCGCGUGGCCUUGAGAUUCGCCGUGCCGCGCGCACGAGGGCGAAGCGGACAAGUGAUGAAAUGGGUCAAAGGUGA